AUGUCAGACGAAUCCAUCCCUCGUUACGGCAAAAUCAACUUAAUCGGCAUAUGGCUGCAAACAAUAUUAUGGGCAAUCAAGUAUGCUACAACUCUUGGAUAUUCUAUUCUUUACGUGGUUGCCAUGUGGCUUUUACGGCACAGACACAAAGAUGCACAUCGAUGGAUUCUCCGCACGAGUUCGACGGCCAUAUACGUGUGUCUCACUGUCAACAUGGCAACAUCAGUAAGACAAUUGCUUGAAUGCUUUGUCUACAUGUCUCCUCCGGACAUAGACGCGUAUUGGCUAGACGGUUCAAACCCGAUGUCCUAUAUCAAGACUUUAAUGUACAUUACGAUUAUCUGGCGCCUGUACUGGGUAUGGGAUCGAGAUUGGAGGUUCUGUGUGCUACCACUCAUCCUAGCGAUACCUCGCACCGUAUGCGGUUAUCUCGCAGUGCAUUACCUCGCUCGGGGAACACUGGACAUCUACGCACAUGAUUCAGAGUCAAUAGGCCUGGCUGGAUGGUCGCUGGAUCUUGCGAUGAGUGUUUAUAUGACCGGCAUGAUCGCGGCUCGGCUCUUGCACCUGAGCAGGAGGAGGGCUGAAUUCAACUUGCUCUUCGGCAUUCGUGAUACGAAAAACCCAUACAUCGUGCCCCUAAUCACUAUAAUCGAGAGUGGGGUUAUAUACACCGUCUGCCUCGUUAUAAUGCUUGGGAUUCUGCUAAAACAUUCGCCGUUGACUGUAACAUCGACGUACAUCGGGGCCCAAUUGGUGGGAUUUACACCACUCCUCAUCUUGGUCCGAGUCGGCUUCGGUGUCACGCAGGGCAUCCCAAGAAAUCUGCUCCAAGGCAGAGACGAGGCUGUUUCCAUACAUCCAGGACAUAUGUUCUCUUCUGCGCCGGCGGCCACGGUGCAUAUAGCAACGGAACACGAAAUCGCGACUGACAUGAUUUCGUUGUCAACACGCGACGAAUAUGUCCUACAGGACAUGAAGUUGUCCGGUAAUCUAGCCUCUCGUUCGGAAGCUAAAGCAUCGGUCCAAUCUUUGAUUCCAGUCUUCAACCCGCCAUGGAGUAUGAAGGGAAGCCGCAAUGCACUCAUAAGAUCAGAGUCGCAGUUGCUAGACUAUCGGACAGAUUAG